CGAUUUAUAUAUCCGAAAUAUCGCCCUCAAAAAUCCGUGGGCGGCUGGUAACACUGAAUAGCUGUUUCAGUGCUGGUGGGCAGCUUAUGGCAAGCAUAAUUGAUGGGGCUUUUUCCACAGACGAAACGAACGGCUGGAGGAUUAUGCUAGGAUUAGCAGCAGUCCCUUCUUUUAUCCAGUUUUUUGGGUUUCUUACGAUGCCGGAAUCUCCACGGUGGUUGGUUGCGCAAGGCAGGUAUCAAGAUGCUUUGGAAGUUUUGAAGAACGUCAGAGGGCACGUGACCAUUGCAGAGGAAGAACUUGAUACAAUUAAGGCCAACUGUCUGGAGACGGAGAGGGAGCUAGUAACCACAGGGUCAACUCCAGUUUUUCUUCAAAUCUUGAGAAAUCCUACUGUUAAACGUGCUUUAACAGUUGGCUGUCUUCUUCAACUUAUCCAGCAACUUACUGCUAUCAACACUGGCACGUGCUACAGCGCCACCAUUAUACAAGAGUCUGGAGUUAAAGAUAAGACAGCUUCCGUUUGGAUAUCAAUUGGGAUCGCUGCUUUAAUCUUUUGUUGUUCCUUUAUUGGACUGUUUGCAGUUGAUAAAAUAGGGAGGCGAUCUCUCACUCUUAUCAGUUUAGCAGGGAUUUCAUUAAGCCUAGGAACUUUGGCUGUUGGAGUUCAACUUGCCAAUAAUCACUCUCCUCGUACAGAGGUUAACAGUACUAAAGGACCCGAAACCGUCUGUUCUUUAUACAGUUCUUGUUCUCAGGGCGUGAACAAUCCCUACUGUGGUUACUGCUUCUUAGAUCUCUCAUCUAGACUAUCAAAUGGAAAUUGCACUUCAUUAGAGCCUGAAAAGUCUGAUAUUUCAACCAUGAGCCAAUGUAACAUCACGAUGCUAGAACGUCCCUUGAUAUGGGCCUACGAGUGGUGUUAUUCGGAUUAUGACUGGUUGAUCUUUAUAGGAUUUUCACUGUAUCUUAUGUGUUUCGCUUCUGGUAUGAGUUCUAUGCCUUGGACAGUAAACUCUGAGAUCUAUCCUCUGUGGGCCAGGAGCACGUGCUACGCUACGGCAACAUCAGUAAAUUGGCUUAGCAGCCUUCUUGUUACUAUGACAUUUCAGUGGCUCGUCGAAGUUCUGACUAGAUAUGGAACUUUCUGGUGUCACAUGAGUUUCGCUGUUCUUGGUUGGAUCUAUUUGUUUCUCAUGCUCCCAGAGACAAAAGGAAAACCACUUGAACAUGUAGGAGAUUUAUUUGCUCAUCCCUGGUGGCAAGAUGCGACAACAGCCGAUGAGCGAAAAACAGUACAAUACGUACAUAUCCGUGGGAUUAAUCAAGCUGCCAAUGUAGAAGAUCCAGAUUCCGGAGACGAGAGCUGAUAAGUCACAAAAGCUCUCGAGUUUAUGUACUGAAAUUUGGAAGAGAAAGAUGGACGAAUUAUACUUAGAAGUACAUGAGUAGCUGUGGUAUCUCCCUCAGAAAUUAGCAUUCAAUGUCUUGUAGAAUUCCUCACACAUAAAACGUGUGGAUUUGAUGUUUAUCGUUUUCAACACACAAUUUAUUUAUGUAUAUAGUUGAUUAUU